ACUGCUGUCGACGAGGACUGCGACGCCGAGGGCAUCAUCUCGCAGCAGCUCCUGCAGGUCGUCGCCGCCAUGAAGCCCGUCUCGUUCCGCGAGUUCUCGCAGAUCGAGGGCACGACCGACGACCAGUGCGGGUGGUGGAACGACAGCGGUGGCAAGGCGGCGUGCAUCAAGGCGCGCAAGGACGCCGUCGCUGCUGCUGCUGCUGCGGCCGCCAACAAGGCGCCGGCGUCGGCGGCGGCCAAGGGCAAGAAGGCGGCGGCGCCGGCGGCGAUGGGCGGUGCGGGCGCCAAAAAGCCCGGCGCGACGACGGUCGGCAAGGGUGCGACGUCCGCAGCUGCAGCGGCCGCAGCCGAAGCACGUCGCUCGGCCACCGCCUCCUCGUCCACCUCGCGCUCCGCUCCCGCCGCCAAGCCCGCGUCGUCUACCGCGUCCGGCGCCGCGUCGACGUCGCGCCAGGCGGCCACGAACGACCUGCAGCGGUUCGCGUUCCGGCCGAGCGGGGCGGGAGGCGGCUCGAGCGCCAAGGGCAGGCCGGCUGGAGGAGGAGGAGGAGGAGGAGGGGCCGGCGGUGGAGGGAUCAAGCCCAUGCCGGUCAUGAAGCGCAAGUGAAGGCGCUUGGGUCGGCAGGAGGGACGUCGAGAAGGAGGGAGGGGUGGGGGAGCGAGGAGGUUCCCCUUGCUUCGAUGUGACUUUCUCGCGCCGCUUUGUUGUUGUGCCUCCCCUAGUGCUCUCUCGUCCCUUUCCUUUCGUCGUUGCAAUGCCUGCUCACUG